AUGGUCCACCCCACAGGAGAAGAACGCGCUGUACACUUGGCCCGAGAGGCUGUUGAACUCGUUGACGCGGGCCAUCGGGAGGCCGCAUCCCGCAACCUCCGAGAAGCCCUGUCCAUUGCCCCCGAUAAUGCACAAGUCAAAACUGCAUUCCUGAAAGUCCAGCAAGAGGACCAGGAUGGUCACCAGCUGCUGGACCUUUGCCGCCGAUACACACAGAAUGAGGAGAAUGCAGGGAAGGAAGCCGCUGCAUACCUCCGGACGGACGGAUUGAAGUCGCCUGAGGGUGUCGCCUUAGAAUCACUCAAAUUAUUGCUUGCGCAGCGACCGCAAUCCCUUUCGCCCACACAGGAUGAAAUCAUUUCCGGGCUGGUGCGACAAAAUGCUAGCGUGAGGCAAUACUUCUCCACCCAGCUUCAAACCUCGGUCACCGCAUUUUUCGACGAAAUAUAUGACCGCGGGGAUGGAGCGGCGGUGUGUCUGGACACGGUGGUCCUAGAUCCCACGGUGUGGACCUCGGAAGAGACGCGAUCCCAUUGCGAGAGCGAAUUGUUUCAAUUGUUCAUUGCCAAGCUGAUGGAAUCUGGCCAUGACCUUGAUGGACGUUCUCUGAAGGGAAUUACGAGACUCCUCGCCGUUCAUGCCGAUGAACUUCAGCACUUAAUCGACGACGAAGGAUUUGAAGUCAUUCUGUCCUCCUUGGAUUACCGACUACCACUGGAGGUGCGAAGCCAGGCAACGCUAGCUACUGCCAAAUUUUUGGAGGUCGCCAAGGAAGAUGGGGAGAAAAAGUUCCAGACACUGGUGAUGUCCAUCAUUGGCAAAGGUCGCGUCGACGACUUGAUCGUUGCUUUCUCCGCACUUGCCGCCAUUUUCCCCGUUGCUCCCUCGGCAGCAGCAAACUUAUUCUUGUCCGACGAGUUCUUGGCACACCUCACUCCGUUAGCAAAUCGUGAAGCCAAAAGCAAGAAGGUUGAUAUUCCGGUGCUGGAGCUGCUCAAUGCGGCGUGCAUCAACCGCCCCUGCCGGGAGGCUGUCUCCAAGAAGUUUGGGGAGUGGUUAUCGCAUAACCUGACCAAUGGCAGCGAUGCUUGUUCGGAACUGGCAGCAGUUGCUCUGGCGAAGAUCCGGGCAUCUGAGCCUGAGAAGCCCUCCACUGGCAACGGUAAGGUCUUGGAGGAUGAUAGCGAGUCUGAGCUCGUUCACCGUUUCAAGGGACUGAUGUCUGAAAGCAAGAUUGAGACUAGUUCCCACGCAAUCGAAGGCUUAGCCUACACAUCAGUCAAGCCUGCCGUCAAGGAAGAACUCGCCCACGAUCCUGUCUUUCUUCGAAAUUUGAUUGCGACCAUGAAACAAAACAGCACCGAUUCUUCAGUACUCUACGGCGGUCUGAUGAUUGUGGUUAACCUCACCAAAUUCCUGCCUAAUCUCUCUGAAGAGCAGAAAAAAAUGUCACAGUUAAAGGAUUACGCGGAUGCAUCUGCCGGAAAGACCAAAGCAGCAGCAGCCCCAGAUAGUAGAGACGAAGAAGAGGCUGUCUUGGCACGAUGUGCCGCGGUCGUCGAUGCAGGCAUUAUGUCUCUCUUGGUUGAGUGUGGUCGAAUCGCACUUCCCUCCACCAACGAACUUUCAGCCAAGAUUCUGCAAGCUUUGACGAGGCCUCAAAAGUCCCGCGGUGCACUUGCCCAACAAGGCGCAGUAAAGCUGCUACUUGGCCUUGCAGCUCCAAAGCAGAGUGGCUCUGGUCCUGUCUCAAACGAAACGACACGCAUUGCCUCCCAUGCGCUGGCCCGCAUUCUUAUUUCUGUCGACCCCUCGCACGUCUUCCCAUCGUCUGGAUUCCCUCAAGUCACAUCCGCCGUUCGCCCUCUUCUUUCCCUUAUCUCAUCCCCGGAUACUCUCUCGUUCUCCGCCGACCAACCUCGCGACCUUCUUCCCGUAUUCGAAAGUCUUCUGGCUUUGACGAACCUCGCCUCUUAUCCCCACGAUGAUUCCGCCGCUGAGCUCACAGUCCGAGAGGGCUGGUCUGCAGUGGAAGAUCUCCUUCUGUCGAGCAAUGCCCGGGUCCAGCGCGCCGCCUGUGAGCUGGUCUGUAAUCUGAUGACCUGCGAGUCUGGCGUAAUCAAGUUUGCCGACGGCUCCAAACAAGCCUCUCAGCGUCUCCACAUCCUCCUCGCUCUAACCGAUACCGACGACUUUCCCACUCGCCGAGCUGCCGGCGGCGCUCUUGCCAUGCUGACAGACUUCGACGCCGCCAUCGCGGCUGUCUUGGACCGACCCCGGGGCGUGGAACUGCUCCUGGGGCUAUGCCAGGAGGACGACGAUGCUCUCGUGCAUCGCGGAGUGGUCUGCGUGCGCAACCUUACCUGUAUCGCAACAGGGGAUAUUGGAUCUCGCGCACGAGAGGCCGUUCGGACUGCGGGAGGAAUCGCAACCCUUACUGCUUGUAUCAAGAAAACGAAGACGCAAGCGGUGCUACAAAUUGCGGUGGAGGCUUUGAAACCCCUGGUUCAGUGA